CAGCUCUGUGCGCGUGCUGUGAUUGUUCUCCUGGAACACCAUAUAAUUCCACGUCCCUAUCGUCAGGCGCUAUCUCCUCCUUCUUUCCAAUUUCGGAACCCUCAAUUGCAAUCGCAAUUUUCAACCCAGUUGCUUAACCCCACCAUGGCAGAAAAUAUGUCCAUGGAGCAGCAGCUGGCUCUGAUUACGACGAACCUGCAGGAGGUGCUAAAUCCCGAGAUCAUAGAAGCCAUAUUAAAGAAAGGCGAGCCAUUGAAGAUUUACUGGGGCACCGCGACCACGGGGCGACCACACUGCGGCUACUUCGUCCCCGUCCUCAAGCUCGCACAAUUUCUCCAAGCGGGAUGCCACAUCAAGAUUCUUCUCGCCGAUAUCCACGGCUUCCUUGAUAACCUGAAAGCGCCGAUCGAGCUCGUCAAGUUUCGCGCCGAAUACUACCGCUUCGUCAUCACCGCGUUGCUGAAAGCCGUGAAGGUCCCGAUCGACAAACUGGAGUUCGUGUUCGGGUCGUCCUAUCAACUCACCCCCGAAUAUACCAUGGAUUUGUUCCGGCUGAGCUCUAUUGUCACCGAACACGAUGCCAAGAAAGCCGGCGCCGAGGUCGUGAAGCAAGUCGAGAACGCGACGUUAAGUGGACUCAUCUACCCGCUUAUGCAGGCACUAGAUGAGGAGUACUUGAAGGUGGACGCGCAGUUUGGGGGGGUGGAUCAGCGGAAAAUUUUUGCGCUUGCUAAGGAAGUGCUGCCGCGUGUGGGCUUCAAGGAGCGCGCCCAUUUAAUGAAUCCUAUGGUUCCGGGACUGCAGGGUGGUAAAAUGAGCGCGAGUGACCCAGAUAGCAAGAUUGAUUUGCUGGAUACGCCCGAGGUGGUGCGGAAGAAGUUGAAGAAGGCGUACGCACCGCCGCAGACGGUCGAGGGUAAUGGCAUUCUGAGCUUCGCUGAGUAUGUUUUAUUGCCAGCGAGUAGUCUGAAGUAUGGAACGCAGAAGUUUGUGGUCGAGAGGAGAGAUGCGGAGCCCCUGGUUUACACCGAUAUCGAGCAGAUGCAGAAAGAUUAUGUCGCUGAUGUGCUCACCCCACAAAUGCUCAAACCCGCCGUCACAGAAGCCCUCAUCUCCCUCCUUGAGCCCAUCCAAGCCGAAUUCCAAGCCUCCCCUGAGUGGAAGGACAUAGAAACAAAAGCCUACCCGCCGCCUCCCGCUCCACCCAAAAAAGAAAAGAAGAAGAAAGACAAAGGAUCUUUCUACCCCAAAAAGGUGACAGCCCAACUAGAUGGCCAUGUCGAAGGAGGGGACAAGGAGAAGGUAGAUGUAGGCGAAGAUGGUGGUGCGAAGGCGAUUGAGAAGUUAGGACUGGAGAACAAGAAAUAGUAGUAACUAGAAACAUUUAGAGCAUCUGGUAAGGAUAUAUGGACAAAGGGUGUGGGUGCAGAUGUGGUUUAGAAAAAGUAUAUUUUAAUUCUUUUCUUAUUUUUUACGGUUCGAGAUUUAUAGGUUCAGCGUUCAUGCAUGGUUGGCGCUGUAGAGCGAGGGUAUGGAUAUACCUAGGCACGCUUUUAUGUCCACUGUAGAAAGGGAUAGGUCGAAUGGAUUGGUUGGCUUUCAUGAACCCGAGUAUUGGAAGGGAGUCAACGUGUGAACGCAUAGGUUAGGAGGAAUUAGAUUAGGUUGGUGAAAGGUAGGCACUG